AUCUUCUAUCUGUGAUCAGUCGUGGAAGAAACUUCAACGAGGUAUCUAAGCUUCUUUCUCUCUCUCUUUCUCCCUUUCUUCCUAUUUAGGUACAAUUGUAAUUAAUUAUUAAAAUAAACUUGAACAAAAAUGGAACGCUGGGCUGGUAAAAUAGCCAUAGUUACUGGGGCAUCUAGUGGAAUCGGAUUAGCAAUAGCAAAAGCUUUUGUGCAAAAUGAUGUAAUCGUCAUCGGAUUUGCUAGAAGGAAAGAGAAAAUGCAGAGCGAGAUGCAGAAUGUUAAGGGAAAAGGUAAAGGAAAAUUCUAUGCAUGCGAGUGUGACAUCACCAAACCCGAAAGUAUCGAACAAGCGUUUCAAUGGGUCAAAAAUAAUUUUGAGACUAUUCAUAUUUUGGUGAAUAAUGCUGGAAUCGUCAUAAAUUCCAAAUUUAUGGAUUCAUCCAGAUCUGAUUGGAAAAGAUUAUUCGAUAUCAAUGUGUUAGGAUUUAUCGAUUGUACCAAACGUGCCGCUAGAAUGAUGUUAGAUUCUAACGUGGAAGGUUAUAUAAUUAACAUGAACAGUAUCGCAGGACACCAAGUAAUUGGUUCCAAGGAGUUUAGUGCUAACUUUUAUUCAGCGUCCAAAUUUGCUUCCGUUGCUGCUACUGAGAUCAUACAAAAGGAAUUGCAUGGUAGUAAGAUUCGAGUGACGAGUAUCAGUCCAGGAUAUGUAGCAACAGAAAUCUUGCAAGCUGCUAACUUUAACGCAAACGCCUUUAAGGAUAUGCCAGCUUUAGAAUCUGAUGAUAUCGCAAAUGCCGUUAUUUAUGUAAUUGGAACUCCACAACGCGUUCAUAUUACUGAAUUGAUAAUUAGACCUUUUGGAGAAGUUAAAUAUUAGUGUUAAACAUGAAAUAAUAUAUAAUAUUUUAACUAAGCAUUAUAUUGCUACUAUCUGCGUGAAAAUAAAUACAAUAAAAGUAUUUUUUUUUUUUUUUUUGAAUAAUGUAACAAUUGACAAAAAUUUACAUUAUAAGCUAAACUAAAAAUCAUAUUGUUUAUAUUAAUAGUAAUAUUACUAAUCUUAUUAUUUACAAUAAAAAAUUGUGUUAGAAAUUAAGUCUGUUGGCGAUUUGUUCCAUUGUUUACCAAUGCUGGCCCAGCUAUCAAUUUUCAACGAAACCUUGAUGAGAUAGAGAACAUUAUUGAAAUUAGAGAGAAUUUUUGAGCAAUUAUACAUUAGAAUUAUUGAUUUCAUUUUCGAAUAUUUUCGAUUAUAUAGAUAAAGUAAAAAACAAUUAUUGAUUAGAAAAUUUCUUAGUAUACUAUGUCAACAAAUUACAUAGUUGUUACAUUUAAACAUAUUAUGCAAUAGAGUUUUUAGUUUUUAAUUAGAGAUAGUAUAAAGAUUUAAAAAGUUGACCUUUUCUGGUCAUCAUUGAUAAAAAAAAGUUUUUUUACGCGUGUUUAAUUAUCUGCGAGAUAAGAGAAAGAAUACAAAAUGUAUUUACAUGUGGUUAUUUAAACAAGAUAAAAUAAAGAACGUGCUCUUUCAAAUUA